AUGCAGUUCACCCUCCUCCUCACCCCCCUCCUCGCCGCCCUCGCCCUCGCCGCCCCCGCCGACAUUGACGCUCGUCAAACCGGCUCUCUCCGCGUCCAACUUUCCAACGACGCCGUCGACACAGCUGUCCAGCGCAAUAUCCCCGCUGAUGGCUCCCGUGUUUCUAUCCGCGCCAACUUUGCUGGCUUGGGCCGCCCCGUCCGCGCUAAUCGCGCUUUGAUUGUUGGAGCUGGAAACGGGAGGUGCAAUAUCUUCAGCGAUGCUGCGGGGACUAAGAGGGUUGCUACUAUUGUCGCCGGUGGCGAUGAUGUCGACUUUGGCCAGACUAACCUCGAUAAUGGAGUCAUUGUUUGCCAGUAG